AUGAAGAGCUAUAUUAACCUCAAAAUAUGGCUGCUUAACUCGGUUAUUUUAUCUAGUAUGCUUUCUAUCACAUAUGGGAGACCAAAAUUUGAGUUUCGAGUGAAAACAGUUAAUCUGGGUGGUUGGCUGGUUACUGAAGGUUGGAUUAAACCUUCACUAUUCGAUGGCAUUCCAAAUAAGGACUUCUUGGAUGGAACUGGUCUUCAGUUCAAGUCUGUGACAACACAGAAAUAUCUAUGUGCGGAGUCUGGAGGUGGAACAAUCCUAGUUGCAAACCGAACAGCUGCUUCGGGUUGGGAAACGUUUAAAUUGUGGAGGAUAAACGAGGCCACUUUCAGAUUCAGGGUGUUCAACAAACAGUUUGUGGGUUUAGAUGGGAUUACCGUGGUUGCUGUUACCAAUACUUCCACUGAUUCUGAGACAUUUCAUAUUGUUAAGGAAAGUGAUAAUUCAACCCGUGUUCGAAUCAAAGCAUCCAAUGGAUACUUCUUGCAGGCGAAGACAGAGGAACUAGUGACUGCUGAUGUGUCAGAGGUCAACGGAUGGGGAGAUGAUGAUUCAACCGUUUUUAUAAUGACAAUCGCUGGAAGGAUGCAAGGCGAAUUCCAAGUAACAAAUGGUUAUGGCCCCACAGAAGCGUCACAAGUUAUGAAGGAACACUGGAGCACUUUUAUAGUUGAAGAUGAUUUCAAGUUCAUAGCAAGUAAUGGAUUAAAUGCAGUUAGAAUUCCCGUUGGCUGGUGGAUUGCAAGUGAUCCAACUCCACCCCCACCUUAUGUUGGGGGUUCCUUGCACGCACUAGACAAUGCCUUCUUGUGGGCACAGACAUGUGGAUUAAAAAUCAUCAUUGAUCUUCAUGCUGCACCCGGUUCUCAAAAUGGCUUUGAGCACAGCGCUUCAAGAGAUGGUUCACAAGAAUGGGGAAAAACAGAUGAAAACAUCCAACAAACAGUUCACGUUAUAGACUUCCUAACUGCAAGGUACGCAAAAAGCACAAGCCUUUAUGCAGUUGAGUUCAUAAACGAGCCUCUCUCACCUGGUGUGACACUAGAUAGCUUGACCAAGUACUACAAGGCUGGUUAUGAAGCUGUGCGCAAGCACUCCUCCACAGCUUAUGUUAUAUUGUCAAAUAGGCUAGGACCCUCAGACCCCAGGGAAUUCUUCCCUCUUGCCAAUGGCCUUAUGCGAUCUGUGAUCGAUGUCCACUACUAUAACCUCUAUCAAGAUGUGUUUAACAACAUGACUGUCCAACAGAACAUUGAUUUCAUCUACACCAAUCGCUCAUCACAGUUGAAUUUUGUGACAACCUCGAAUGGCCCUCUUACCUUUGUUGGUGAAUGGGUUGCUCAGUGGAAAGUUAAGGGGGCUACAAAAGAAGACUACCAAAGAUUCGCCAAGGCCCAAUUAGAUGUUUAUGGGCGAGCGACAUUUGGGUGGGCUUAUUGGGCUUUCAAGAACGUCAAUAUGCACUGGAGUCUGGAGUGGAUGAUCAAGAAUGGUUAUAUCAAGCUUUAGAAACUUUCCUCUCGA